AGACAUAUGGAUGUAGAUGAUACACGAUAGACCUCCAUUGCAGGGAAUAACAUAAACUCGAAAGUCGUGCGCACCACGCGAAAUUGAGUGCACCCACCAACGAGAGGGUCCCUCGCGUGGUUCCAAUUUCAGCUUUCGAAAAAAGCUCCUUUCUAACUGCAACCAUCGUUCAUCUUCAUCAUCACAAUUUUCCUCCAUAACGACGUCGUCUCCGUUACAAUUCUUUUUCAUCAUCUUCAUUUCCUUCUACUUUCAUAAUCGCUUUUGAAAUCCUCAUAGUAACACUUUCACAGCACAAAUAAACGACGUCGUCCCUAUCGUCACCAUUUUCUUCCUACGUAAUGUGAUCGCUUCCGGAAAACAAAGCUUAAACGGCGUCGUCGCUAUUGCAAUUCUCCUAUGAUCAAUACCUUCUUCUUACAUACAUAAUAAUAGCUUUUGAAAUUCUCAUCGGUGAUUCUGAUUCAUCUUAUUCACCAAAAAAAACAAAACGUUCAAACGACGUCGUUCUGGAUGCCGAUCGCUCGCUGCAACAGUCAGAUACCGGUUCCGCCACCGUCGCCGAUCCCCACCGGCAGAGGAUCGCGCUCCGCCGCUAACGAGAUCUUCAGUCAGUUCCUCGAGGAAGCGCUCAAGUUGCCGGCACUCACGCUACCGGACCCUCACAUCACGCCGGCUCCGGCAGAGAUCGACCUCCGAUCGCUGCCGCUGGCCUCCGCCGAUCUUCUGCUGCACUCCGCCAGGGAGUUCGGCGCGUUCCGGAUCCGGUGCCACGGGAUCUCCGGCCACGAAUUGGGAAUGGUAGCGGACGAAGCGGAGCACGUUUUCCACGACUCGAAGAACGUCGUCGUUGAGCGUAACGAACUCGGCGGAGAGAGGAUUCCCUGCGUUCGCUCUAGCAAGGGAGCGCUGGAAUUCACCGCUCACAAGAUUCUCGGGAACCAAACGCAUCGUAACUUUUGUGUUCAUAUGGGAAACGUUGCAAGUAGAUUGGAUAGAAUAGUGGAGCAAGUGGCUCUAGCUCUACAGCAGGACACAUCUCAAGAGUUAAAGGAAAGGAUUCAAGAGACAGAGUCAGUGAUUUGCUUGUGCAGGUAUCCGCACGACAAUGUCCCUAAACAAAAUGAAGGCGUCACGGAUAAGAAAAAGGACAGAUUAUUAUGUGAUCAUGCUUUGCGCUUCUACCUUCCCAUGGAGCAUUGUAUAUUUUACGUCCAAACUGAACGAGGUCCCCUGUCAUUUGAUGCAGGUCCAGAGAAUAUAGUUGUCACCGUUGGCAAACAACUAGAGGAGUGGAGCCACGGUGUAUUCAAAUGUGUACCUGGGGAAAUGAUCUUUAUGACGAGUUUCCAGAAUAGCCAGGCCUCUUUCUCCAUAGAGCUUACGUGCUCAGCCUACUCAAAUCUACAUCACAAUUUAAACAAUUCUGACAAGAUAAUAUCCUUAACGGAUCAAAUCCUUAUUGUAUUUUUCCUGGUAUUCUUAUACAAAUUCCUAUACUUUAUCUUUUCUUGAUCCUCAGAACAUGGUUGCACCAUUUUCUUUUCUUUGGAUGCCUUUUGCGUGGCCAUGAUGUUGCUCUUACCCAGUGACACCAAAUUUUCCUCUUGCCUUUUCUUUUUCUCUAAUUUAUUUACAAAAGCCAUUUUGAUGUACAGU